AUGGCUCAGCAGCGGGGCCGGGAGCUUGAGGCUGAGUGCCCUGUCUGCUGGAACCCCUUCAACAACACGUUCCACACCCCCAAAGUGCUGGACUGCUGUCACUCCUUCUGCCUGGAAUGCCUGGCCCACCUCAGCCUGGUGACUCCUGCCCGGCGCCACUUGCUGUGCCCACUCUGUCGCCAGCCCACUGUGCUGGCCUCCAGGCAGCCCGUCACCGACUUGCCCACAGACACUGCCAUGCUUACCCUGCUCCGCCUGGAGCCACACCACGUCAUCCUGGAAGGCCAUCAGCUCUGUCUCAAGGACCAGCCCGACAGCCGCUAUUUCCUGCGCCAGCCUCAGGUCUACACGCUGGACCUAGGCCCCGAGCCUGGGAGCCAGACUGGGCCUCCCCAGGACAUGGCCUCUGCCACUGUGCCUAUGCCCAUCCCCAUCCCCAGCCACUACUCUCUGAGGGAAUGUUUCCGCAACCCUCAGUUCCGGAUCUUUGCCUACCUGAUGGCUGUCAUCCUCAGUGUCAUUCUGUUGCUCAUCUUCUCCAUCUUUUGGACAAAGCAGUUCCUUUGGGGUGUGGGUUGA